AUGAUGUCUUCGGAAGUACUGACUAGCGCGGGUAAUGAAAUCCGUGAAAAUUUGUUUCAGGUGACAACGGCUGUGAAAUUCCUCUCAAAUCCUAAUGUACAACGCUGCACCAUGGAGAGUAAGGAACGCUUCCUCCGCACUAAGGGCCUUACAGAUUUAGAAAUUAAACGAGCUAUUGAAAAGUGUGGAGAUAUUGUUGAUGUAUCAAGUUUAACGUCUGAGCUGAGGUUCUUUACACAAUCACAGCAGUCUUGGUUCAAAGAGAAAGUGUUACCGAUUAUUAUUUAUGGAGGAUUCGCAUAUGGAUGCUACUGGUUUUAUAAGAACUGCAUACGACAACUGAUCUUCAUAGAGGAGCCAAAGCGCAAAUCCACGACAGAGUGCAUAGAGGAACUGCGCAAAUCCCUGGACAUCAUGAACGCGAGUAUAUCUUCGCUGCGGGGCGAAAUGCAAGCGAGUGUACAGCAGAACUCCUUGAGGUCCCAGCUCGACAACUUGAAGGACGAUAUAGCUUCAGUUAAGGGCAUCCUUUUGAAUAGGAAUCAAUUCCCAUCGCUAAAGACCAGAACGGAGCCGCCGUCCAUACCGGCGUGGCAGCGACAAUCCGAAGAGGCGUCUUCAGCGGAACCAGUUCCAGAGAAGAAGCCGCACAGGACCCGCAGCCAACGCUCGGAGUCCGGCGGUUCGAACUCCAGCGAGGGAGAGCAGGCCACCAAGAAUAGUGAUAGCAGUUUAGAGAUAAUAUCGUGA